AUCCGCCGACGGCUCUGGCCCGUCCGUGUGAAGAGCGGAGCCCAAAGUCGAGCUGCGAGCUGAGGCGGCGAACAUGGAUCCCGUCGAUGGAAAUGCAUAAAUGCUGGUCGGCCGUAUAACGCCCGGCAGAUGGGCGCUGAAGGACGUGUCGGUGGCAUACAGGAAGUUUUAUCUGCUGCAGCGGCCCAUCAGCCACCGGGAGAGCAGCAUGCCGGCGUUCGAGAUCGACACAAAUGUCUCGGAGGACAAGAUUACGCCACAGAUCACCAUGGAGCUGACCGAGCUGCUCGCUGAAAUGCUGUCACUUGAUGUCAAGUUCCUGUCUGUGAUAUUCCGGCCCAACCCGCGGAUGGUGUGGGCCGGCACCGCGGAGCCCUGUGCCGUCUGUCGGCUCACCGCCAUCAACAACAUCGACGAGGAGCACAACCGCGGCUACACCGAGAAAAUCUUCAAAUUCAUGCACGACAAGUUCGGCGUGCCCGGCGACAGGAUGUACUCGAUUUUCGUCACCCCCGGAGCUUCAAACGUCGGCUACACCGGUCGGCUGUUCUCCGAUAUGUCGUAGAUGGCGAACACAUUGAACGCGUUCACUCGCUUCCGCUCGCUCUGAAGACUGCAGGAGACCGCGGACUGCGGAGUAACAUCUACAUACAGUGGUCACGGAACGAAUGCACGGGACGGCUCUACGGCCGCGCCGGUCCGCUCCAUAUUUUGUUGCACUGUUUACUUGACCUAUAAACUAUAGUUUGCCUCGGUGUUGCUAUUCCUGCGGUAAAGUUAUGUUUGAUUUUGUGAUGCAGAGUUUUACCUAUACGCAUUGUAUUGUCAUAUCAUCAUAUGCACUGUUAGGUACACAUCUCUAAUAAAAUGAGUUACUUACUACGUGCAGUCCAUA